UGCUCGUAGAGGGGACCAUCAACCAUCAACCAUUCUACAUUUCGCACACUCAUUGUCAUCUGUCACACACGACGAUUCACACACAACAAUAGACAGAGAAAGGGCUCAUCCAAAAGAUCAAUUGUCUGCCGUUCCAGUAGCAAAUCCUUCGCGCGCUCCUCGAACGAAAAAAGCUAUUCUCCAGCAAGUGCCCGUCACCAACGGUUUCUCAGUCAGUCUCAGCAAAACUGGUAGUCUCAAUCUAAGGAAGCACCAUGAAACUAUCUUUGAAAGCGGCUCCGCUAGCCGUGCUGUUGUCGUUGACGAGUACUUUGGCGUUCCAGUCUCCGGAUCCAUUGUCGUCUUUUACAUCCGCUAGAAACUCUCGCCUGGCAAUGGAUCGCCGGGGAUUCGGGAACGCCUUGGUAGGAACUGCAGCGGCAACGCUGUGGAACGCCAACAUCGCCGUCUCGCCUGCCAACGCCCAAGUCUUUUUCGAUCCAGCCAUGUACGGAGAUCAAGAACUUAGAGUAGGCGCAGUAGAUUCCGUGCGGGAAAGCGUCCGACGGGCCAUUUUGAAAAAUCCGCAGCUUGCUCCGAGCUUCUAUCAACUCGCCCUACUCGACGGACUCUCCUUUGACUCCAAGACGCAGAAAUACGGACCCGACGGUAGUAUUCUCAAGGUCGUCCUCUCCACCAAGGCUGACGACGCCUACACCAAGAACUUGCAGCAGGCCUGCCUCACACUAAUCGAAGCGGAAAAGAACUUGCGUAAGAAAGUCGCCAUUACGAUUGCUGACGCCAUUGCCAUCGGAGGCUCACAGUCGAUUGAAUCGAUCGGGGGGCCCGUAUUAGCGGUGCAACUCGGGCGGGCCGACGCUCCGAUAAAGGCACCCGUCAGCGAUGUUCCCAUUGACUUGUUUUCGGGCAAACGCGAUUUUGCUGACGUACAAAACGCUUUUCGUAAUGCUGGAUUAACAGACCGGGAAAUGACCGCUCUUCUGAGUGGUUUGCUAACGCUAGAAUACGUCGAAAAGACUCGAACGGUGGAAGACUGGAAACAGUCGGCUCGUCCCCGCUUCCGUGAACCGGGCAAAAUGGGACGCUUGUCUGAAUUCAAGCCCUUAACCGACGACGAUAUUGCUCAGGCUGAACUCGAAUCUGAUCCAGAAUACGAGGAUCCUGAUGAUGGUUGGUACAUUGCCGAUAGUUUUGGAUCCCGAGAAUCCCGUUUUGGUGAUCGCCUCGCCAAAGACCAGAUCAAUGAAAAGACUUUCAAUAAGUAUUUAAAGGACAUUGCCGAAAAAUCCAAAAAGCAAGGACCGGACGCGUUUGAAGAGUACGGUUGGAUCGCCAUGCUAGUGAUGGAUAAGGAUUCUCCUACAAGCUCGACUUGGUUGAACAAAUAUGCUGGAUCCAACCUGAGCUACAUCAAAGACUUGUCCAUUUCUUACAAUUCUCUCACGCAACUGGGUGCCGUGUACACAGGAGGCAAAUAUGAGAAUCUUCUUAAGAACAAACCACGAAAAAGUCUCAACGAUGACGACUUGAAGCUCUUUUAA